UCCAUGGCUAGCAUGUGUGUCUGUGCUAACGUUAAAGGUUUAAAGAGUAUUUAAGUAAAAAUCGGUCGUCGUUUAGUUUUAUUUGACACUUGGGUGUUUGGGAAAUGUCCGAGCUUCACCGAGAGGAGAAUCAGCAGAGAGCAGAUGACCAGCAACUGCUGGUGAAUACAGAAGAGCUUCCCCCUGAGAGGCAGAAGUGGAGCCCCAGUCUUGACCAGGAGGACUCUGGGCCCCCACAUAUUAAAGAGGAACAGGAGGAACUGUGGAGCAGUCAGGAGGGAGAGCAGCUCCAAGGACUGGAGGAGGAUGACAACACCAAGUUCCCAUUCACUGUUGUCAUUGUAAAGAGUGAAGAUGAUGAAGAAACACCUCAGUCCUCACAGCUUCAUCAGGGACAAAGUCAACAGAUGGAAACAGGAGCUGAUGGAGAGGACUGUGGAGGAGCAGAACCAGCCAGGAGCUUGGAUCCAGAAACACAUUUACAACCAGAGACUGAGGUCAAGACUGAAAACUUUUCAGACGCUGAGACUGAUGACAGUGAAGAUUGGAGGGAGAAGAGAGAUCAUCAGUCAGGUUCAAACUCUGUGGAAAAAAAUCAGAAUAAGCUAUUGGAUACUCAUGUUGUUGAUGACAGGCCAUAUAUCUGCUCUGAGUGUGGUAAAACAUUCAGAACAAGACAGGAUCUGACCAGACACAUAAGAAUUCAUACAGGAGAGAAACCCUUCAGCUGCUCUUUUUGCAGUAAAAGAUUUACCCAAAAAGGGAGUCUGACCACUCACAUCUUAGUGCACACAGGAGAGAAACCCUUCACUUGCUCGGUGUGCAGUAAAACAUUCAAAACUACUCAGCAUCUUACUCAACACAUUAGAAUUCAUACAGGAGAGAAACCCUACAGCUGCUCUGUGUGUGGUAUAAGAAUCAAUGUUAAAGGAAAUCUUACCAAACACAUGCGAAUUCAUACAGGUGAGAAGCCCUUUAGCUGCUCCGAAUGUGGUAAAAGAUUUAACAGAAAAGGAAGUUUGAAUACUCACAUGUUAGUUCACACAGCAGAGAAACCCUUCAGCUGCUCUAUAUGUGAUAAAACAUUCAUUCAAAAAUCUGUUCUUACCCUCCAUAUGGCACAUCACAGAGGGGAGAAACCAUAUUACUGUGGUGUUUGUGAUCAAAGCUUCUCAUGGCAUUCACAGUUAAAAAGGCACAAGUGUGUUGGAGGUCAGGCUUCAGAGCUUUAUCAGACCCAAACUAAGGAGAAAAGAGGGGCAGGAACAGGAACUGAUGGAGAGGACUGUGGAGGAACAGAACCAGCCAGGAACUCUGAUCCAGAGAGACAUUUACAACCAGAGACUGAAAAUAAACCUGAUCACAGUAAUAAUGACUGGCAGGAUAUGAGAAAUCCUCACUUAGGUGCAAAGACUGUGAAAAACAAAAAACUUCAGAGACGAAUUAUAAAUAAGCCUUUGCUUAGCUGUUCUGUUUGUGGUAAAACAUUCAAAAAGAAAUGGGAUCUGACCAGACACAUGAGAAUACACACAGGAGAGAAACCCUUCUGCUGCUCUGUUUGUAGAAAAAGAUUUAACCAAUCAGGGCAUCUGACUGAACACAUGAUGAUUCACACAGGAGAGAAAUCCUUCAGCUGCACUGACUGUAAUAAAAGGUUUUCCCAAAAGUCAAAUCUGAUACAUCACAUGGCCAUUCACAGAGGGAAGAAAUGCUUUCGCUGCUCUGACUGUGGUAAACGGUAUAACCUUAAAGGACAUGCAACCACUCAAAUGAUUGUUCAUAUGGAAGAGAAACCCUUCAGCUGCUCUAAAUGUGGUAAACAAUUUUGAGAAAAAGGGCGUGAUCAGAUACAUCGCAGUUAAGAAACCAUUUGGCUGCUCUGUUUGCAGUAAAAGAUUCAAAGUGAAUCCUGAACCUAUAAAAGCAUUUUUACCUUAUUAGAUCAACACUGUUAUCUUUUACUUGUAUUUCAUUAAAAAAAACACAUUUGGGUUCUACAUCUUUGAACAUUUAAAAAUACAAAUUCCCACGUAAGCCUCCAUUGUUGUAUAUACUGCAUUGCACUUGAUGUCAAAUGGCUGCUUGAUCUUGUCCUGCAUAUGCUUUCCCUACACAACUGCCAUCUACGAGCCCUUUACACCCAAAUCUGUCCAUGGUGUCAGUGAAGAGGACCAUAAUGAACUUAGCAUGUAGAUUAGAGUUAAUUCAAGCAGGAAAGAAUGUGACUAAUGUUGGUACAAGACUGGCUUGCUCUAAGUGCUUCAAGAUAUGAUGCUGCCUGACCAAUAAGGGCUCAGUAAGUUAGGAAUGAACUUCCAAUUCCUGAAAACAAAUUGGAAAUUUGGGUUUUUUCAAUGAAUCACCAGAGUGAAGCAAAUAUUUGAUGUUAUUCUUGUUAAUGGUGAAUCAAAGUUUGAUCUUUGUAAAUAAUAUCCUAAAGAGUGGG